UUAAAGGUCACCAUAAAAGGAUAGUUCAGGCAUAUAGCUAACAGACAUAGAAAGCAAAAUGUUGAAAUUAAACAUUUCAAUUUUCAUAAAAUACCUAAGUGAUUUUCAACGAACGCUUUCCUUUUUCCUUUACCAGACUUAACCGUUGAACCAAGGUCAAUGAAUUUUGGUCCAGAUACAUUUGGCAAAAUCACGCGAUUUGAAACCGCGAAAUAUGGAUACAGAUGUUCUAUCCUCUUGACCAUUGGGUCGAAUAAAGAACGGUAUAUUUACUGUAUUGUAAUAAUUUGUUAACUGUGUACUGGAAAAGAAAUUACAGAUUUGGUCGAUCGUCUGUCGAUUCAAAUUAUAAAAAACUAGAUGAGAGCAUAUUAAUUAGGAUAUUAUAACUGCAUAUCGACACAAAUCCAUUCAAUAGCCAACUUCGCUGUGUAUAUACUGAAGCAACGUGGAACAACGUCACCUUUGCUUUUAUAUUUUUUCUAGUUGAAUAGUCAACGCUCGAGUCUCGGCUGUGGAUCAGUGUCAAGUGAUGGUCGAUUGUCGACCUUAGCAUUAAGUGGUAACUUUUAGGUUAUAUUUUAGUUAAUCAUUAGUAUAGUAAUCCAACGGGUAUAUAUUAUGUGAUACUUAUCCAUGAUUAUGAAAUCAAAUUUACGGGUGAUUAGGAUAGUAUGAUCAAACAAAUUAAAACAUUGGUCACAUCAUUGAGGAAGAUGAUUAUGGCUUUCACUACCACGCAGUCGUAAAGAUAGGUGGAAUAUCGCAGUUUGGAAUUUGUUUACAAUAAUAUUGUAAAAAAUGAACGGAAACAACAGUGAAUUAGUGCCAAUAACAAAAGUACCAUAUAAUGAAAGAAUACGCAGGAUUAUAGAUGAAUUUUCCAAUGAAUUUGGAAGCCCACCAGCAUUUAUAGCUCGUGUUCCCGGCCGUGUUAAUUUAAUCGGUGAACAUAUUGAUUAUUGUGGCUAUCCGGUGUUGCCUAUGGCUUUAGAACAAGAUAUAUUAGUUGCGGGAAGUUUGAUUGAGGAACAUAAAGUAUACAUCCGGAAUGCAAACCCAAAAUAUGAGAGCAUAGAGAUAGAAAUUAAAGCGUAUGACGAUAUAUCAAUUAAUGCUGAUAAAGAUGGAAAGCCUUUUUGGUAUAAUUACGUACUAUGCGGUAUAAAGGGAGCACUGGAGCAUAUAAAUAAUGAAUAUUCCUCUGGACUAAAACUCUACAUCGAUGGAAAUAUUCCUCCAGCUUCAGGUUUGUCAAGUUCAUCGGCUUUGGUCAGCGCAGCAUGUCUUGCAUUUUUGUACGCUCAAAAUGCAACCAUAAAUAAAACCGAUAUAGCGUCUUUAUGUGCGAGAUGUGAGCGGUACAUUGGAACUCAGGGAGGCGGAAUGGAUCAGGCUAUCGCAUUUUUAGCAGAAAAAUAUUGCGCUCAAUAUAUUACUUGGAAUCCUUUAACGGCUACAAAAGUUGUUUUACCAGAAGAAGCAUCGUUUGUUGUGGCUCACAGUUUGGCGGAGAUUAAUAAAGCUGCUACAAACGAUUACAAUAGACGAGUCAUAGAAUGUCGGCUAGCUAGUAAAAUAUUGGCUUUAUCGGCAGAUACCACUAAGGACCACAGUAUAAUUACUUUAAGUCAAGUACAAAAAAUAUUAGAUAAAACCUUGGCGGAUAUGGUAGCUUUAGUUUACGAAAAAUUGCCGAAAUUAGUUUAUACAAAAGAAGAAGUGUGUAAAAUACUAAACAUAUCCGAAGAAGAAAUGGACGACUUGUAUCUGACCCAAAACACGAGGCAUUUGACGGAAUUCAAACUCAAACAAAGAGCUCUGCACGUGUAUGAAGAGGCUAGUAGAGUUGAAGAAUUUCGCAAAACAUGUAUGCAAUCUAAAAAGAAUGGCAAGACUAAUGGAUCUAUUAAUGAUAAAUCUGGUUCCACUGGCGACAGAAACGAUAUAUUAACUACUUUAGGAAAACUGAUGUCAGACAGCCAUGAAAGUUUGAAAUCUUUAUACGAGUGUUCUCACAAAAAUUUAGAUCUGUUAGUGGAUUUAUCGAGCAAAAUGAAUGUACACUCUAGGCUGACGGGUGCAGGUUGGGGUGGGUGCAUCGUUGCGUUAUGCCCCAAAGAAAAGGUUAAAGAUUACAUCGAAAGAAUGGAAAAUGAAUAUUAUGUCGAACAUUGUAAUAUCGACAAGAAUAAAGCAAAGUCGUACAUAUUUGCAACAACACCGAACUACGGUGCCGUAAUUUAUAAAAACAAAUAACUAAUUUAGAUGUUCGCAAACAUUCCUUUUCAUUAAAUACAUAUUUGUUUUGCUUACAGUUGUUGUUGGACAAGUAAAAUCAAGGAGCGGCAUUAUACAUUAUUAUUAUGUGCAACUAGUAGAUAAGAUAACCACUUUUUAUAAACCGAUGACUUUAAACUGUAAAAUGCCUAUUGAUCAGAUGAAAUAAAAGUAGUACAGUAUAAACUUCUUAUGCCACAUGGAUAUGAUUUCGUUAGAUGGCAUUUUUGAGCUUUGUUUUUUUCCGUUCGUUCUCUUUAUGUAGAUUCGACAUUAAUUAAAUAACAUGUUCACUUAAGUUGCAUAUAAACAAUAUUUAUUAAAUAUGCAAGGUUAAGGCAUCUUAACCAAAUUGUUACAUUAGAUGAUAUUUUUGCCAUACCUGUUAAAUAUUAAUAAAAUAUAAGAUUCUA